AUGACUGCAGGAGACUGCUACGUUCUGAGUCAAUCAUUGGCGAUCAAAAAGAAAGAUUUCAAAGUCGGACGUGCAUGGAUGAUGGAGGCCCAGCAAAAAUAUAAUAAGGAAAAUGUUUCAUAUCCAUUUACUGAAGUCGAUAUACAUAAAUAUCUAAGCAAAGUGAAUAAUGUACCAGGAAAUUUAACCACAGUACUGUCUUCAGCUAGACCAAAUAUCUCAGAAGCUGAAUUGAUAAAGACUUAUGAUGAAAAACUCGAAUUCGAGAAGGAGUCAAACAAGGAAACGAGCACUGACAUAAGAAAAAAAAAUUCUGAGAAUUACGAGGCGCUGUGUCGUGGUGACUUAGUCGUACCACCGAUGGUAUCCAAGAGUACCCGCAUCAGUAAAGUAGCUUGGUUAUUGGACACCGAUUCAGAUGUAAGUGCUCGAAUUGAACGACGGAUAGCUCAUAUGACUGGUUUGAUAAUGGGAGAGAUGGGAGAGUUUCAAGUGGUCAACUACGGGAUCGGUGGUUAUUAUAAGUCGCACUUUGAUUUUUCUACGAUGACAGAUGUUGCUCAAGGAGGUGCUACAGUCUUUCCUGAGCUAGGUGUCAGGUUGCUUCCAGUGAAGGGCACAGCCGCUUUCUGGUUCAACUUACAUCCUUCACUAGAGGGUGAUUACGCUAUGCUACAUGCAGCUUGUCCCGUACUACAGGGUGACAAAUGGGUAUGCAGUAAAUUUGUCAAUAAAGAAGAUCAGAUGUUCACCAGGCCGUGCAACCUCGAAUACCAAGAAGAAGGUUUCAUUAACAAAAUUGCUCCUCCUGUGCCCAAGGCCAUCAGUUAG